AUGGAACGAGAAGAAAAAUUAAAAAAGGAAAUCAAAAAGAGACUUUCUAAAACAACAUAUAAAAUUCAAGGAUAUUGGGAUGAAUUAGAAAUGGCUAAAGUAAUAAGUGUGUUAGAAACUGUUGAUUCACCUUUUUUAAUUAAUUAUCGUAAUUUUGUAUAUUCUCUAGAUUCAGAACCAUCAAGUCAAGAUAAAAUACCAUUUUUAAAGAAAAAAGUAAUGAGAAAAGGAGAGUUAACAUUUGAAUCAGACCCAAUGCCAUAUACUCUAAUGGAUUUAAUUAAUGAUGAAAAAAACAAAAAGUUAAGUGUAGAUAAAGCAAUGACAAUUAUUGCUCAAAUAUGGCUUGCUUUAAAUUCAUUACGAAAUAUUUCUAAUUAUAUUCAUGUCUUCUCUUUACAUCCAUCAAAUAUUAUUUUAACAGUUAUUCCAGAAAGCAAUCCACCUAUGUUUCAAGUUCAACUUACUCAAUACAUUCCAUUUAUCUUUAAAUCAAUUCUUACUCUUGAAGAAAAAGAAUAUAUUUCUCCUCAACAAUUAUAUUAUAUUGAAAAAGAAACAUCAAAAAUAGAUUCUCAUUGUGAAAUGUAUACAUUUGCUGCUUUAAUUUGUAAAAUAUUUACAAAUAAACUUCCUUAUAACCCUUCAUUAAAUAUUCAACAAUUAAUGAUGUCUUAUAGAAAUAUUAAUAAAGUUAUUCAAAUACCACAAAUAAAUGAAUACCCUGAAGUUAAAACGUUAGUAGAACAUUUACUAUUAAAAAAUUCUAAUUGGGGAUAUACAUAUACUGAUCCUUUUCUUAUUCAAGCAAGAAAAUGUACAUUUAAUGAAUUAAGAAGUAAAGCAGAAGACUAUAGUUUAAUUGAUGAAAUUGGUUCAGGAGCCUCUGCUUUUGUUUAUCAAGCAAUUCAAAAAACAAGAAGAGGAGAAAGAGUUGUGGCAUUAAAAGAAUUAAAAGUUGAUAAAGAAAUGUUAGAAUUUAUUCAAAAUGAAGUUGAAAUUAUGAAAUUAUGUAAACACCCCAAUAUAGUCGAGUUAUAUGAUAAUUUUAUUAAUGAUAAGAGUAGUCUUUUUAAUAGGAAUGAUAAAGGUAAAUUUGCUGAAAUUGUAAUGGAAUUUUGUGAUGGAGGAACGUUAAAAUCUUUUAAAGAAAAUGAAUAUCCUUUUGAUCCAUUUCCAGAGAAUAUGAUAUCACAUACAUUAGUUGGAAUAUUAAAGGGUUUAUGCUAUCUUCAUAAGGAACAUAACAUUAUUCAUCGUGAUUUAAAACCAGAAAAUGUUUUAUUAAAAGUUGAUCCAAAUAAUAGACAUUUACCACUUGUUAAAAUAGCAGAUUUUGGUCUUUCUAGAGUUCUUGAUAAACAAGAAAUGACAACGAGUUAUGUUGGAACACCUGUUUUUAUGGCACCUGAAGUCUAUUUAAGACAAUCAUAUAAUUAUAAAUGUGAUAUUUGGUCAUUAGGAGCAAUGUAUUAUUAUUUAAGAACGGGGAUGUUUCCUCUUGGUGAUUCAAGAUCACGUUUUGAAAAUAAUUUAAAGAAGAAAAGUCCUCCUUCUUAUCAAGAAGUUUUUUGGGGAACAAUUCCUCAUAUCAAAGAUUUUAUUUCUCAUUUAAUAGUAUUUGAUACAACUAAAAGAUAUGGCUGGUCUGCAAUUCACAAACACCCUUAUAUUAAGACAUUAUUUGGAGAAGGGAACCAAUUUUAUUAA